AUGGGGGCCGCAUGGCGCCACUGUCUGUACAGGCAAUGGCAGACCAGUCUGGUCUUGAGAAUCUGGUUCAGCGGUCAGGCGGCAGACUCGCCGCUCCGGAUUGGCCAUCGGCAUGUCCCCUUUGUCGACCGACAUGCGGCACGCUGCAGCUACAGCAGCUGCACCAAAGACCAGCACCGCCAGCCGGCGCCCUCCCACGAUUUCCAAAGGGCCAUGAUCCGGCUGGGCGUACCCGGCACCUGCGGUAGCUCGACAUGCUGUUCGAGGCAUGACAGCUGCGGGAACCAUGCACGCGCUGGUUCGGAAAAUCUACGCAAUGGGCAGAGUGAUGUGAAGGUUGACAGGAGGAGGAGGGGGAGCAAAAAGUCAAGAAGUGAUGGAGGGGGGCGGGCGACAAGCGCCACUACGAAGAUGAACGACAAGAAGGGACCUACCCAGGUCUCUUGCCUUGCCUUGGGCUUUGAGGACCACCGCCAGCACGUUGACCUCAUUCUGUCUCGCAUCCAUGCACCAGAUCCGCCCAUGCAUAGCACCACCACCAUCAGCAGCACCAUCUGCACCAGCAGCACCAUUACUACAUUGAUUCGCUUCGACGCCAACAGCUCCAGGGCGGCUCCUGCUUCUGCCUGUCUCGAGGCCUGUGAAGCCUUGUCGAUACAAGGUCGCACCACGAUAACCCAGGACUGCUACUGA